UAGAGAAAAACCCCAUUAGGCUAGAGAAAUGCACCCACUAGCGAGGGACACGCCUUAAAGCCGUUAGACAGCGGAAGCAUAUCCUUGAAAAACAAACAGCCCCUGCACAAUUUUUUUUCCCGGGUUUAAGCAAAAGCAGGAAUUACGGGUGUAGAAUGAGAGGAAUUGAAUGAAUCUUCCAUGGAAACACAGUUACUAAAACCCCAUCCUCAAAUCCAUUACAUGAACUCACUCUCCUCCAAGCUAAAACCCCUUCUCUCUUCUUCUUCUUCUAAGCUUGUACCCUUCUCCUCAUUCUCUCUUUCUCUAACCCCAAGCCACCACCCAUCAUCAUCAAGGAGAAGGGUUUCUGCAAGGAACAGCCUCAAGCUCUCUGUUGAUGCUGCUACUAUGAAUGAGGGUUGGUUGGACUCUCUGUCUUGCCCUUUACCGUACAACGGAGAGGGUCCGACCCAGACCGAUGCGGAUUCCAGUUGGGUCAUUGGUGUUGACCCUGACCUCUCUGGUGCCUUGGCCAUCUUGAAAACUGACUCCUCCGGUUGCUCUGCCAAGGUAUUUGAUACGCCGCUGUUGCCUGUUCGAGUUGGCAACAGAGUUCGAAAACGUUUAGAUGCCAGGUCUAUUAUUCAGUUGGUUCGAAGCUUAGAGGCUCCAAUUGGUACUUCUGCAUAUAUAGAGAAAUCUAUCCCCUUUCCGAAAGAUGGGAAACAGGGCUGGUGGAGUGGAGGAUUUGGGUAUGGAUUAUGGAUCGGGAUACUAGUUGCCUCAGGGUUUUCUGUAGUUCCAGUGUCAUCUUUGUUGUGGAAGAAAGAGUUUGAACUCACUGGAGCUGGCUCUACAAAGGAUGAUAGUCGGAGAAUUGCAUCAACUUUGUUUCCCUCAUUGAGUGAUCUAUUAAAAAGGAAAAAAGAUCAUGGAAGGGCUGAGGCUCUUCUCAUUGCUGCAUAUGGGAAAGGCCUGAGAAUGAAGGUAGAUCCAUCACUUGAAAUGGUGGUUCCAUGAAGCCAGCAGUUUGUGCAGGCGGCCAACUACCCAUAACAAACUUCAUUACAUUGCUACAAUUUGAACAGUUAACCAUCUAUUAACGCUGAUUUGAAUGGUUAAUACUUAAUGGUAUGAAAAUAGGAAAUUAUAGACUGCAGCUUGAAGAUUGCGUUGAGAGAGCUCUAAUGUCUCUAAGCUUAUUGAGAGUAAGGUAGCUUGACUGGAGUUGUAUGUUAUUCUUGUGGAACCAAUAUCCUUGCAAGGUACAUGCUGUGUAAGUUAGCACAUGAAGUAAUAUUUUCAAAUGAAAAGCAUUUUUUUUAUGGAGCGAUGUGCAAUUUUGCAUUUAUAUUUCCUCCAUUAUUGUUAUGAUAUAUUGCAGUUUAGCUUUUACAUAAGUUCUCAACAUGGUUUCAUUUUCCAUCCUAGUAAUUAGGAUACACGUGGAAGCCAUUUCUGUCGGUGGAUGUAGGAUUUGAUGCUAUAUUUAUUUCAUAUAGCUCUCUAAAUUCCAUGAUCGGUUUGCAUAUGAGAUUUGCUUCAGAGGGAGAUGACCUUAACCUUUCCCCACCAAGCAUGAUUGAAACUAGUUAAUCCCAUUUUGAAGAAUAUGGUUGAUGAAUAAGAUCAUGCUGUUGUGAAACAAUGUAA